CCCAACCCACCAUCCUUGCUGGACUGACCCAGCAUCCACCUCUCUGGAAGCCUCCUCUGGCCUCCCUUGUCCCCCCACCCUCUGCAGAAAUCUGAAGGCUCACAUUGACACCCUCAACUUCUCCCAGAGCCACAGAGUCUUGGGCCUCAGUGAACACCAAGGAUUGGAGCUCUGACUCUGCUUUCCCCACCCUAUUCCACCAAUCUCCUUCUCUCGAAUUCUUGCUAACCCUUGGGGUUCUCCCUGAAGACCAACUUCAGAACUCAUAGUCCUCCUAGGAAGACUCCUACCUCCGUGGGGAGAAGCAGCCUCUACCAUUGGGGCUGCAGACACACAAAGAGAAAUCCCCUGCUUCACAUGGCUGUUCUCGAAGGAGGAGCCACCCUCCCCUGCAUAGAGCUAAGCAGCCAGGACCCAGCCAGGGCAUCCCCCUUUGGUCUUGAGCUCCCCAUCCUGAAAAACCUGUCUGGGGGCCCUCCCUGAGGCCACAGUGUCCAAGGGGCAAGUUGGACUGGAUUCCCACAGCCCCUCCCACCCCAAGACAAAAUCAGCCACCCUGGGGCAGGGCCUUAUUGGUCUCAGGAAGCCCCAGUCUGUUCCAGGAUCCAGUUCCCAGCACAGUAUGACAUCCACACUGCCUGUCCAGACCUUACCCUUGUUCCUGAUUCUGCUGGCUGUCCUGGCUCCGGGGACUGCAGAUUUCAACAUCUCAAGCCUCUCUGGUGUGUUGUCUCCGGCGCUAACAGAAAGCCUGCUGGUUGCCUUGCCCCCGUGUCACCUCACUGGAGGCAACGCUACACUGAUGGUCCGGAGAGCCAACGACAGCAAAGUGGUUAAAUCAGUCUUCAUGGUGCCUCCGUGCCGUGGACGCAGGGAGCUAGUGAGUGUGGUGGACAGUGGGGCUGGCUUCACCGUCACCAGGCUCAGCGCCUAUCAGGUGACAAACCUAACACCAGGAACUAAAUACUACAUUUCCUACCGAGUGCAGAAGGGGACAUUCACGGAGUCCAGUCCAGAGACCCCAAUGUCCACGCUUCCUCGAAGGAACAUGGAGUCUAUCAGCUUAGGAAUGGCCCGGACGGGAGGCAUGGUGGUCAUCACGGUGUUGCUGUCUGUCGCCAUGUUCCUGUUGGUCGUGGGCCUUAUUGUUGCCCUGGCACUGGGUGCCCGAAAAUGAGGAGGGCUCUCCGGCAUCACAGGCUCCUCCAAGACAUCCAGCUUGCUUUGUCCCAGGAUUCAGUCACUGGCUCUACAACCCCCCCCCCUGCCUUCUCUUCCGGUUCCUUGUCUCCCUCCACUCAGCCAUUUCCUAAGCAUCUCUCUCCCUGCUCUGUCUCACCUUCCAAUACUCACUGCUGUCUCCUAUUGUAGUCCUGUGAGAGCUGAUUUUCCUCCUCCAUGGGCUUAGCUCUCAUAAUAAAGGCUGGCGCACGUC